AUGGACUACACGAUCGCCCAAUACAAGCCCAAGGCAUUUGAGGAGCUGGCUUACAGCGAGACCGUGGCCAAGCUGGUCAAGGUGUUUGGCUACCCCCCCUCCCUGUACCAGCUGGAGUUUGACUACGCCUUCAUGGUGCGGGGCCUCAUCGUGGACAAGAAGAGGGGCAACGUAAUCAAGGUCGACCGACACAAGUGCCUGACCAGUGCUGAGCGCGAUGAUGUCUACAACUGGGGGGCCGUGCGCGACGAGUUCGACGAGCCCGGCUACUCCAUGGUGGACACGCUGUUCAGCCUCGCGGAGAGCCACCUGUUCAGCCAGCUCGUGGAGAUCGCGGACAAGGACCCCCAGAGCAUCACCCACGGCACAGACUACCAGCUCAUCUGGCGAGACGUGCGGUCCGCUGUCGACCUCUGCCACAGGGAUGGCACCCUCAAGAGGGAGGUGGCCCUCAACCCGUCAAAGUACAUCCAUGACGACCCUCACCUUGUUCCCAUGCUGCGCAUGUACAAGCGCAGCGGCCGCAAGCUGUUCCUGGCCACAAACUCCCUUUGGGACUACACGCACGUGGUGAUGAACUACCUCUGCGGCGGCCUGGUGGGGCGGCGCAAGAGCGAGGAGUGGCUGCGGCUGUUUGACGUCGUCAUCGUGGGCUGCGCCAAGCCCGGUUUCUUUUCGGAGCGCCGCCCGCUGUUUGCUGUGGACCCGUCGGACGGCACCCUGCGCAACACGGACGGCGGCGCGCCAAUCAUCCCCAUCGGGCUCGACGACCUGCCUGCAGAGGCGCUGGGCAGCACCGCCAGCCAGCUCGACCUGCAGGAUGAGGACAAGGCACUGGUCUUCCAGGGUGGCAACUACAUUGACCUGCACAAAAUGCUGGGCAUAUCAAGCGGCACGGAGUGCCUGUACAUCGGUGACCACAUCUACGGCGACAUCCUGCGGUCAAAGAAGUCGCUGGGCUGGAGGACCAUGCUGGUGGGCCGCGGUGACGAGAACUUGCACUAG